AUGAGCGAAGAAGACAUCGUCAAGACGGACCUCCUCAUCGUCGGCGCGGGGCCAGCCGGCGCCGCGCUGGCGUGCUUCCUGGGCUCCCACGGGCUCAAGGGCAUCAUGAUCGCAGCGGCCCCAGGCAACGCAGACACGCCGCGGGCGCACAUCACCAACAUGGCGGGGCUGGAGUGCCUGCGCGACAUCGGGCUGGAGGACGCGUGCGUGGACGCCAGCACGGGCGGCGACAGCAUGGAGCACACGCGGUGGUGCCACAGCAUGGCGGGCGCCGAGUUCGCGCGCAUCCACAGCUGGGGCAACGAUCCGGCGCGGCAUGGCGACUACUACGCGGCGUCGCCCUGCGCGCACGUCGACCUGCCACAGACGGAGCUCGAGCCCAUCCUGACUCGGCGGGCCGUGCACUCGGGCUGGACGAUGCGCUUCAACACGCGGCUGGUCACGUUUACGCGGCCCAAGCCCGACGUCAUCGUCUCUGAAGUGAGGGACGACAUGCUCGGCAAGACGUACAAGAUCCAGUCGCGGUUCUUGUUUGGGUGUGACGGCGCCCGCAGCCAGGUCGUCAGGGAGCUGGGCAUCCCGCUCAUCAAGAAGCCCGGUCAAGGCCUGGCGCUGAACAUCUUCAUCGAGGCUGACCUAUCGCACCUGAUCCCGAAUCGGUCAGGGAACCUGCACUGGGUGUUCCAGCCUGAGAAGGACUAUCCACCUUGGGGUUGGGCGGUGAUCGUGAGGAUGGUCCGCCCAUGGAAGGAGUGGAUGUUCAUAUGCCUGCCUGUACCAGGCGCAGAUGUUUCGGUUGACCAGUUCAGUCCUACGGAUGAAGAGUGCAUAUCACGGGUGAAGGAGAUCAUUGGAGACGAUUCAGUAAAGGUGCGCAUCAAGGACGUGAGCAAGUGGUGGAUCAAUGAGAUUGUGGCCGAGUACUACUCCGACGGCAACGUGUUCUGCUUCGGCGACGCCACACACAGGCACCCGCCAUUCAACGGCCUCGGCUCCAACACCUGCAUCCAGGACGCCUUCAACCUGGCCUGGAAGAUCUCCUACGUCAUGUCAGGCAAGGCAGGUCCCAAGCUCCUGGACUCAUUCAGCACCGAGCGGCAGCCGGUAGGGCAGGACGUGAUCACGCGGGCGAACCAGGGCCUGCGGGACCACACGGGCUGGAUCCAGGCGAUGGGGAUGAUGGACCCGGACAAGGAGGUGCGCGCGAAGGUGCUGGCCGAGUUCGACGACCCCGGGCCGGCGGGCCGCAGGCGCCGGCAGGAGUUCCAGAAGGGCAUCGAGAACACGGCGAGCGAGUUCCACGGGCUGGGCAUCGAGAUGAACCAGCGCUACUUCUCGGGCGCCGUGUACCAGGACGACGAGGAGGGCCCCGCCCCGCCGCUGCCCGACGACCCUGUCAAGCAGCUGCAGAUCUCCACGUACCCGGGCAGGCGGCUGCCGCACGUGUGGCUGAGCGAGCGCGUGCCUGUGAAGAAGUUCUCGACCAUCGAUCUUGCUGGACACGGGCGCUUCUGCCUGCUUACGGGCCCCGGCGGACAGGAGUGGAAGGUUGCGGCUGAGAAGGUCAGCAAGGCAGUCGGAGUGGAGAUCAAGGCGUACUCGAUUGGCUGGAAGCAGGACUAUGAGGAUGUGUACUUUGACUGGGCAAGAAGGAGGCAGGUUGAGGAGGACGGCUGUGUCCUGGUUCGCCCAGAUCGCUUCGUUGCCUGGCGCUCUCGUGAGAUAAUCCCGGAUGCUGUGGUGAAGUUGGAGAAGGUGAUGCGCAAGGUUUUGUCGCUUGAAUGA